GAAGCUUGGAAAUGGACGCCAUGGAUGAGUUCCAGGAAGCGGACAUCCUGUGGCCAGACACCACGGAGGACGAGCAGGUGGUGCCCUUCGCGACCACGGACAUGGUCAUGGAGGAGCCGUACGGGGCCACGGCGUGCUCGGUGUCCGGCGUCGCGCCGGCGUUCGGGCGCCGCCGCUUCGAGGGGCUCUUCCUCCCCGGCGCCGCCGGCCCGUCGUCAUCGGCCGGCGCGAGACCUGACGCGGACGACGACGAGGAGGAGUGGCAGGAGGCGGACGUGAUGUGGCCGGACACUGUGGGCAUCGUGCCGCGCGGGGGCGGGCGGGAAUUGCUGUCGCCGUUUUCCGGCCGGCACGUGAGUCCUGCCGCCGCUAGGCGUGACCGGUGGAGGCCGGCCGCGUCGUCCCCCAUCGACAUACCCACCAACGUCGCCGCGCGUCGUCGCUUUAAUUCGGGACGGCGAUGAUCGUGCCGCCGUUCGUAGAGAGUUUUGUGGAGGUGUUCUUCCGCGAUCUUGGUCUUGUGUGGUGCAACUAGAAACCAGGACCGGGUCCGGGAGUAGAGCUGUGAAGAAAUGCUGUGGCGUUCUAGGAUCACGAUCACCUGAACUACCGAACCCGCACAACAUUUCGGCGUACAUCAUCAGUACAUGUUAUAUUCUUUUGAUCGAUUUACAGUGGCGGAAAAUCUUUUUUUCCCAAUCUCAGUAAUGAGCAGAGCUUAUUUUGUAAUUUUGGCGGCUGACGAUGAAUGAUACUUGGAUUUAGAUUUAAGGACCUUAUUUGUUUUCUAUCUCCCCUUUUUAUGAAACAGGAGAGAUCUCUUUUGCAUCAUUGUAGAAAGAUCAAAGAAAGAAUAAGAUAUUUAGCCUAUAUUCUUGCC